GAGAGAGAGAGAGAGAGAGACAGAGAGAGAGAGAGUGAGUGCUGGUUCCAGGUCUCUCUCCGCUCCUCUCUCCACUUCACCCACUCUGGCUCAAUGGCACUUUAGCACCAGGAGUUCACCGUUCAAAUAAAAAACUUUUUAUUCGUUUCCAGUUCCAGACUCCUGCUCGGGCCGCGGGUUUCUGAGCCUCAGCACGGACGGUUCUCACAGACGGUCCGGUCGGUUCUUCUGUUCGGCUGCCUGUCUGUCUGUGAGUACAGAGGAGGAGAAACCUCCAGCUCCUCCAGCUCCUCCAGCUCCUCCAGCUCCUCCAAGACUAUGGAUUGCGGAGCGUGUCCCUUCAGGAAGAAGCGGAGACCGUGGAGCACGGACUUGUCCUCCCUGGCUCUGGUCGCCGUGCUCCUCUCCCUGUGCCGAAGCUCCGGGGUUCGAGCAGACCCGGUGGACGUGCUGCGGGCUCUGCAGGUCCCCUCUCUGCCGGAGGGUGUAAAGAAAGUCCCCGGCUUCUGCACAUCGCGCCGCUCCGGCAGUCCUGACCAUGCUUACCGCAUCAGCAAGAAGGCCCAGAUCUCUGCCCCCACCAAACAGCUCUUCUCAGGUCGUUUCCCGGAGAACUUCUCCGUCAUGGCUCUGGUCAAGGCCCACGCAGGUCUGCAGGCCUUCCUCCUCUCCAUCUACAGUGAGCAGGGCGUCCAGCAGCUGGGCGUUGAACUGGGACGCUCCCCUGUCUUCCUGUACGAGGACCAGAACGGCAAACCGGCCCCAGAGGACUACCCUCUGUUCAAAGGCGUCAACCUGGCCGACGGCAAGUGGCAUCGCAUUGCUCUCUCCGUUUCCAAGAAAAACGUGACUCUGCUGCUGGACUGCAAGAAGAAGAUGACCCGCCCCCUGCCCCGAGGCAACAAGGCCGAGGUCGACACCAACGGCAUCACUGUGUUCGGAGCCCGACUCCUCGAUGAGGAGGUUUUCCAGGGAGACAUCCAGCAGCUGCUGAUCGCCUCCAACCCUCAGGCGGCCUACGACUUCUGUGAACACUACAGCCCAGACUGUGACUCCCCGCUGCCCCAGACCCAGGCUCAGGACCCCAACACAUUUAAGAAGACGUCUAAUGGAAAACCAGCCCAAACUAAACCCAGCCCCGUCAAACCCAAACCUACCCUGGCCAAGUCGGCCAAGACCGGACCUUAUAAACUAGUCGUCAAGCCCCCGUUGCCCACCAAAGUGGCCAAGACCUCCGCUGCUAAGCCGACCAAGGCCAAACCCGCAGCAGUGGAGACCUUCUUAUCUAAGAUCAGACCCACUGCGGGGGCUAAACCCAAGACCACAGCUGCCCCAGCUAAGAGUGUCAACGGCAAAACAGCUGCUGAGAAGAAGACCAGUGUUGUCAACGGCAACAAAAAAGCUACAGGAAAUGGCAAAGCUGAAGCUAAACCAACGACUCAAGCCAAGGUCAGUGGUAAGAAAAUCAACGGUAACGGAAAAUCCUCCGCAGAGAAGAAGGCUAACGGAGCGGCAGCUGUCGCCUCUAAGGCUAACAGCAAAGUUACAGCUGAGAAGAAGGUCAACAUCAAAGUCAAGGCUAACAGUGGAAAGGUUAACACUGUGGUAGAAGUCAAAGUCAAGGCUAACGGCAGUGGAAAGGUUAACACUGUGGUAGAAAAGAAGGCCGUUAGCAACGGCGCUGGCAAAACUGAAACCACUAAAAAAUUAAAGACGGAGAAAGUUGUCAAAGUGGGUGCAGCUAAAGCCUCCGUCACCAGAGCACCCAAGGCCACAACGGCAUCAAAACCACAGCCCACCAAAACGGCAAAGGCUGCGGCCGCCACACUCAAGGUCGCCAAGGUCGCCCCCGUCAGACCAACGCCCAGCAAAGUCUUCGUGUCAAAGAAGCAGGCCACGACCCCCGUCACUGUCCGACCCACUCCACCCAGACCCACCAAGUCCAGGGUGUUCCUGGAUAUCAAAUCCCACCACAGACCAUUCCCACCUUUUGGCAAGACUGCGCUGAGUGGAACCUCCUUCCCUGCCAAGAAAGUCACCAGUGGUUACCAACAGGACGUAGACACUGAACAAAGCGAGGCUGGCCACACCGCUACAGAGACUGACUAUUUCUAUGAGGAGACGCUCCCCGUGCCAGACGGUGAGGUGAUUGGACAGGAGGACAUUCCUGAGCAGCCACAGGUGGAGCCAGUGUUGGUGGGAGAGGAGGUAGACGCCACCAAGGCAGGUGGUGCAGGCGAGGAGCUCUUCACUGAGGAGUACGUGACAGGAGACGUGGGCCUGAAGGAAUACGACUAUUCCUACAGGGACUACAGUGAGCCUCUAGUGGAGACCGGAGGGAGCGACGCCCACAUGGGCCCCGCCCUGUCUGCUGUGACAGAUGAGGGAGGCGCUGCCAUCAGGGGGCAGAAAGGAGAGAAGGGAGAACCUGCCGUCCUGGAGCCUGGAAUGCUGAUUGAAGGACCUCCAGGCCCAGAGGGACCUGCUGGUCCCUCCGGCCCCCCCGGCUCCUCUGGACCCCCGGGCUCUGUUGGAGACCCUGGUGAGAGGGGAGCGUCUGGAAAACCGGGUCUUCCAGGAGCUGACGGCGUCCCUGGACCUCCAGGAACUUCAGUCAUGUUGCCUUUCCGCUUCGGUCAGGGUGGGGGAGACAAAGGUCCGGUGGUCUCUGCACAGGAAGCUCAGGCGGCGGCCAUAUUGUCUCAGGCCAGGAUGGCGCUGAAGGGUCCUCCUGGACCAAUGGGAUACACUGGACGUCCUGGACCUCUGGGAGGUCAUGGAAGUCCAGGUCUGAAAGGAGAGAGUGGAGACCCUGGUCCUCAGGGCCCCAGAGGACCCCAGGGUUUGAUGGGACCUCCCGGCAAAUCAGGAAGAAGAGGUCGUGCUGGAGCAGACGGAGCCAGAGGAAUGCCUGGAGAGUCUGGAGUCAAGGGUGACCGUGGUUUCGAUGGCCUGCCUGGUCUGCCCGGUGACAAGGGACAUAGGGGCGACUCCGGACCCAUGGGACCACCAGGAUCCCAGGGAGAGGACGGAGAGAGGGGAGACGACGGAGACAUUGGACCCCGGGGUCUGCCAGGUGAACCAGGACCUCGUGGUUUGCUUGGACCUAAAGGUCCUCCUGGAAUCUCUGGACCUCCUGGUGUGCGUGGAAACGACGGGCCGCAGGGACCUAAAGGAAACCUGGGUCCUCAAGGAGAACCUGGUCCUCCAGGCCAGCAGGGGACUCCAGGAACCCAGGGAAUGCCAGGACCUCAGGGAGCCCUGGGACCUCCAGGAGAGAAGGGACCGACUGGAAAACCAGGUCUGCCGGGAAUGCCUGGAGCUGACGGCCCUCCUGGUCACCCAGGUAAGGAGGGUCCUGCUGGUACCAAAGGAAACCAGGGUCCAAACGGCCCCCAGGGACCUAUCGGCUAUCCCGGCCCUCGGGGCAUCAAGGGAGCUCAAGGAAUCCGUGGUCUGAAGGGUCACAAGGGAGAGAAGGGAGAAGACGGUUUCCCUGGAAUAAAAGGAGAUUUUGGAGUCAAAGGAGAGAGGGGUGAGAUCGGAGUUCCAGGACCCAGAGGAGAGGACGGUCCAGAGGGGCCAAAGGGCCGCGUCGGACCCCCUGGUGAAGUCGGACCCCUCGGAUUAGUCGGAGAGAAGGGUAAACUUGGAGUUCCAGGACUUCCUGGUUAUCCUGGAAGACAAGGACCAAAGGGAUCUCUUGGAUUCCCUGGAUUCCCAGGUGCAAACGGCGAGAAGGGAACCAGAGGUUUGGGCGGGAAAGCAGGACCCAGAGGACAGAGAGGACCAACGGGACCCAGAGGUCAGAGAGGACCAAGAGGAGCCACUGGGAAAUCAGGAGCCAAGGGCACGUCAGGCAGCGAUGGUCCUCAUGGCCCCCCAGGGGAGAGGGGUCUGCCUGGACCUCAGGGAGCCAACGGUUUCCCAGGACCUAAAGGACCACCUGGACCUCCAGGGAAGGACGGACUUCCUGGACACCCAGGACAGAGAGGAGAAGUGGGUUUCCAAGGUAAAGUGGGUCCACCUGGUCCUCCUGGAGUGGUCGGACCUCAGGGUCCAUCAGGAGAGACCGGCCCCAUGGGAGAGCGUGGCCAUCCCGGACCCCCAGGACCACCUGGAGAGCAGGGGCUUUCUGGACCGUCAGGAAAGGAAGGAACUAAGGGAGACCCUGGACCUCCAGGAGGCCCAGGCAAAGACGGUCCUGCAGGUCUGAGAGGUUUCCCUGGAGAGAGAGGACUUCCUGGAACGCCGGGCGGUGGAGGACUGAAGGGCAGUGAAGGACCUGCUGGACCUCCUGGACCUGCUGGUUCUCCAGGUGAGAGGGGACAGUCUGGAACUGCUGGACCUGUUGGACCUCCGGGCAGACCUGGACCCCAGGGACCUCCUGGACCAGCUGGGGAGAAGGGAGUUCCUGGCGAGAAAGGUCCGAUCGGCCCAGCAGGUCGGGAUGGUGUGCAGGGUCCUGUGGGUCUCCCUGGUCCAGCUGGAUCAGCUGGGGUACCAGGGGAGGACGGAGACAAGGGCGAGGUCGGAGAACCGGGUCAGAAAGGUGCCAAAGGAGCCAAAGGAGAACACGGUCCUCCCGGUCCACCUGGGUCCAUGGGUCCUGUGGGUCAGCCUGGUCCUGCUGGUGCUGAUGGAGAACUUGGACCCAGAGGUCAGCAGGGACCGUUUGGAGCCAAAGGUGACGAAGGAACCAGAGGGUUCCCUGGAGCUCCAGGACCCAUCGGACUUCAGGGUCUUCCAGGACCGUCUGGUGAGAAGGGGGAGACGGGAGACGUUGGACCUCUGGGCCCUCCAGGACCUCCAGGCCCUCGUGGACCUGCUGGACCCAACGGUGCUGAUGGAACUCAAGGUCCUCCUGGAGGCAUUGGUAAUCCUGGACCUCUUGGAGAGAAGGGAGAAUCUGGUGAAGCUGGACCGCCUGGAAUUCUUGGAGAGCCUGGAAAGAAGGGACCUCGUGGAGAACGUGGAGAGAAAGGAGAGGCGGGACAACCUGGAACUGCUGGACCUGCCGGAGGACGAGGACGACCUGGAGACGAUGGACCCAAAGGAAACCCGGGUCCUGUUGGGUUCCCUGGUGAUCCUGGUCCUCCUGGGGAGCUGGGUCCCAGAGGUCAGGACGGAGCCAAGGGCGAGCGAGGAGAAGAUGGAGAAGCAGGAGAAGCUGGCACACCCGGACCUCCUGGAGAGAACGGACCUCCUGGACCUCCAGGGAAGAGGGGUCCGGCCGGAACCAGAGGAGCAGAGGGACGUCAGGGGGAGAAGGGGACCAAGGGAGACUCAGGAGCCGUUGGUCCUCCAGGAAAGACCGGCCCCGUUGGCCCCCAGGGUACACCAGGAAAAUCAGGGACCGAAGGUCUGAGGGGACUCCCAGGACCAGUGGGUGCAGGAGGAUCUCCAGGACCCGCUGGACAGAAGGGACCACCCGGACCCCUGGGACCUCCUGGUUUGCCAGGUCUGCGUGGAGACCCCGGUGCCAAGGGAGAGAAAGGACAUCCUGGUCUCCUCGGUCUGAUCGGACCCCCGGGAGAGCAGGGGGAGAAGGGAGACCGCGGACUGUCUGGGCCUCAGGGAUCAUCUGGACCCAAGGGAGAACCAGGAAUGCCCGGAGGAAGUGGACCUUUAGGUCCCGCUGGUCCUCCUGGUCUGCCCGGUCCUCAAGGUAUCAAAGGAGUCAAGGGAGCAUCUGGAGGUUCUGGACCCAAGGGAGAAAAGGGAGUUCAAGGACCUCCUGGACCUCCUGGUCCACCAGGUGAGGUCAUCCAGCCCCUGCCCAUCCAGAGGAGCCCCAAGUCCAAACGCUCCAUCGACGCCAGCCAGCUGCUCCCAGAGUCCGACCCCGACAUGCCGGCGUCGGACGCCACCGGUGCGGAGUUCCAGAUGGACAGUGAAGGCCUGGAGGAGAUCUACGGCUCCCUCAACUCCCUACGCCAGGAGAUCGAGGGCAUGCGGUUCCCCCUGGGGACGCAGGACAGUCCAGCCCGGACCUGCCAGGACCUGCACCUCAGCCAGCCCCACCUCAGAGACGGAGAGUACUGGAUCGACCCCAACCAGGGCUGCUCCAGAGAUUCCUUCAAGGUCUUCUGUAACUUCACGAAUGGAGCCGAGACCUGUCUGUAUCCCAGCAGGAGCGUCAGCACGGUGAAGAUGAGCUCCUGGGACAAGGAGACGCCAGGAUCCUGGUACAGUCAGUUUAACACUGGUACCAAGUUCUCCUACAUGGACUCUAACGGUGAGGCGGUGGGCGUGGUCCAGCUGGGCUUCCUGCGGCUCCUCAGCGUCCAGGCCCAGCAGACCGUCACGUACCACUGCCACCGCUCCGUGGCCUGGUCCGACCAGAGCUCCCAGGACAGGUACCAGCGGGCGCUGCACCUGCGGGGGGCCAACGAGGAGGAGCUGAGCUACGAGACCAACCCCUACAUCAAGGCCUUGGUCGACGGCUGCUCUUAUCGCAAGGGCUUUGACAGGACGGUCCUGCAGAUCAACACGCCGCAGGUGGAACACCUCCCCCUGCUGGACAUCAAGGUGUCAGACUUUGGGGAGAACAACCAACAGUUUGGAUUUGAUGUGGGACCUGUCUGUUUCCAAGGCUGAACACACACACACACACAC